UAUGUGUGCCGUUGGAAAGGCUGACAUGGCGGCCCGUGGAGUGUCUGUUGUUGGUGUAGCCUCGCCUGACAACCCAGCCUGUAUACAUGGCCCCACAGUGGUGUUUGAGCGGUUCCUUCAAGAUGGCAGCACUCGGAAGUUCUACGCCUGUGCCGCCUGCCGGGACCGCAAGGACUGUGCCUUCUUCCUGUGGGCCGACCAGCGCCUCAGCAGUGCCAAGAGGAGGCUCUGGGCGGACCUCAGUGCUGCUGCCUGGACCAAGAUGACACACACACAGAGGUUUCACAAGCUGAAGGCAGUGAGGGCGGCGGCAGCAGGGGAGAGGAUGUACUGCCAGACGUGUUGUGUGCUGCUGCUGCGGUCUGAGAGAGCAGCCCACUCCUCCUGCUCCCUCUCCAGCCCCCUCACCGACUCUCACCUCUCCCACCCCUCCACGUUUCUUCCGCCCAAGGAGAACGUGAAGGUGGAGGCGCAGUACUUGUUUGCCCAGAGAAGUGUGGAGGUGCUGGUGGGGCUGGCGGGGCGGGGUGGGGCAUCUGGUGUACUGUGUGUGGGUGCCCCGAGGAUCCAUGAAGCCGUCACAUCCACACCCUCCCUCGGACUGGCUUCAAUUCUCAUGGAUAUUGACGAUAGAUUUUGUUCCUUCUUCCCGCCUGAGUGCUUCCUUCACUACAACAUGUUCAACCACCACUUCUUGGGCGGCAGGGAGGCUCGGACCACCUACACCACCUUCUUGGCCAGACAUCAGAAGCUGGUGUUGGUGAGUGACCCUCCCUUUGGUGGACGCAUGGAGCUGCUGGCACACACCCUGCGCACCAUAGAGGCCGACUGGAGGACUGCCGCCAGCCUGGACCCCGACACCACACUGCCUGUGUUCCUGGUGUUUCCUUACUUCCUGGAGCCUCAGGUGGUGGCCAGCCUGCCCUCCCUGGCCAUGAUGGAUUACCAGGUGGAUUAUGACAACCACCCCAUCUAUAGCAAAGGGCCCAAGGGGAUGAAACACGGAUCUGCAGUGCGUGUGUUCACCAACCAGCCCCUGCACACCCUGCCACUGCCGGAGGAGGAGGGGUACCGGUGGUGUGAACCCUGCCAGCGCUGGGUCCACCACGCCAACGCUCACUGUGAAAUCUGCCGAGCCUGUACUUCUAAGGACGGACGGACAUACAAACACUGCAGUGAAUGUGGCCGUUGUGUGAAGCCAGCCUGGGUGCAUUGUGGGACCUGUGGGGGGUGUAGGCCGCCGGACCACCUCUGUGCCCCCCCCCUGGGAUGCUACACCUGCGGGGACAUGGACCACAAACACCUCAACUGUCCCAAACGCAAGAGGUCAGCAUCAUCAUCGAGGAAGUCCAAGAAGAGGAAGAAGAGAGAUGGCAAGGAGUCAGCGUUACCAAGCAGUCUGGCUGAAGAGAGACACAGAGACCUGGACAUCCUGGCUCACCUCAUUGAUGGGAAAUAGAAAUGACGCACUUA